UUUAGAAAUGCAAAAUAUUGAUGAACACAGCAGAGAAACUACAGCAGGAGAUUAUAUCAGUGCAUAUGGCUCAUCCAAACACAGCAAUUUGUCAGGUAAAUUUGGCAAGGGAGAACAGUUUAUAACUGAUAGAGCUAUCCAAGAGUCAUCACGUUUUUACCAAGUGUUACUACAGCAAGCUGCUCCAUUUACUGUUCGGAGAACUCCGGACUUUCGGAACACUAAUGGAAUGACUGUUCUGAACAUGACUGUUCUGAUUACCCCGAUUUUCGAGUGAGGACAGCCAGAACAGAAAAUACUGCCUAUUUUCACGUGAUUGGAAAUGGAGGUGACAUAUUUUGUGUAUCCAAUGCACACUGCAUAGGACGUUAUUUUGAAGAGUUAACCGCUAUAUGUCGACAUAUAAUUAUUAUAUCGUAUUUGUACGCCAGGGUUGGGGAAAAUUAACGAGUAAAAACGUUGCAAAAGCAUAUUUAGGUAUACAAAUAACAGGCAAUCAUGUAAAUAAAUAAAUAAAGGUAUUAUGCGAAUAACUAAUGAAUAUAGUAAUGCAUUUACGCAUAUAUAAUAAACUCAACACUGUUCCAGAACACCGUGUGCACUCCAUUUUAUAUCGUUCCAGAACAGUGUUCCAAAUGUUCUAUUUUCUGGAACAGUAAAUGGAGCAGCCUGCAGGUAGAAACCUAAACUAAACUGACUUUCUUUAUACUGGAUAGCUUUAUCAGUUUAUGAAUAUAACUGGAAAAGUACCUUAGAUAAAUUGCCUAUCUUUUCCUACUGACGGAUUUAUCGUAUUAUUUGCACGCGCAAAAAGACUGGGACUGGCCUUUAAGUUUGGCUUCAAAUUUCCGGAUGUAGCAUCCAGUUAUAUUCAUUUUGUUGGGUUUACGGCGGUUGCGAUUCUUUAUAAUAUAAUAAUUCAACUUCACAUAGGUUUUAUACAGUUUUAUUUCACACGACAGACAGAAUACAACAAACCAAUUUUACAGUGAUUUAUACACUUUUACACAUGCUCGUACCCAGAGCCCUUCUUACGCGCGGUCAACGGAGCGCGAUGAGGUGCUCUGGCCAAAUCCAAACUGGCAUCUGAUUGGCUGCAACGAAGGUUAUUGUUCUAAUACCGGAUAUAUUCUUUUACCAUGUUUUCAUGAUAUUCGGUUUUGGUUUUGGCCAGAGCCUCGUCGCACCGCGCGUAAGAAGGGCUCUGGGUACGAGAAUGACUUUUACAUAGGUAACGUUUUACUGUGAUGUGAAUUCAUUACCCAGUAUGGUAAUGAUUUCUGCAAUGAGUUUCUGACAAUGAUAUCAGAUAAAGUUCGGCUGCUCAUAUAUUAUCCAGUACUUAUUACAGCUAACAAGCAACAACAACAUCUUUUAUUCAAAAAUUCGAAUAAAACAAAAUGAACGUUUAAUCAAUGUUUGUAAAUCGGAUAAAACUGAUUCUGAUUCUGAUAAAGAUUUGUCCUAAUUUACAUAAGCUUCAGCAUUGAUUUUCUAGGCUUAGACAAUGUUUACUGUAAAAUUACUUCGCCAAUGAACUCAUAAACAUGGAUCGUUUUUUAGGCACGUUAAGGUUACAGAAAACCUUUGAGUGUUAAUUUUGUCUAAAAUUUUUUUAUUGGUUUCAAUGAAAGCAUUAGACUAGUUCUACUAUCUGACCAAGUUUGAACGAAAUAUGUUGAAAACUCGCAGAGUUAUGUAAUGAAAUACAUUUCGCUGCAAUAAGAAAAACAUUGAAAAUGUAAUAUUCAAAUUCAAUUUUCUCACGAAAAAUUUUACGGUAAUUAUUGAUAUUCAAACGAGUUAUGCUCCUGCGGGUUUUAACCAAUUUUUCUCAAAUUUUCACAGGACAUAGCCAAAUACGUCAGUUUCAAAAUUGUGUUCGGCUUUUUUUUAAUUUUGAAUAGUUUAAAAAUAAAGAGCAAUUCACUCAAACAAUUCAGAAAUAUAUUGCAGUCGUCAAAGAAAUCGCCAUAUCAGCGGAAUGACAAAAUAAACAAAAAAUUCGAACACAAUUUUUUAGAACAACUAUUUUACUGUAUAAAAAUGAUAUUUUCAUAAAUAUAACUUAAAACCAGCAGGAGCACAACUCAAAAGCGUAAAGGUACCGCGAUUUAAGAUUUUCCUGAAUAACUCUUACAUUAUUUUAUUGUUUGUUAAUUUUACAACUUUACCAUAUUUUGCAUGCACUGGAGAACAUUUGGUGAAAGUGUCAUGAAAAUCGGACUGAUAUUGAGCGCGCAGUAGCGAUUUUCCGCAAAACGCCAAAAAGGGUGUCCUGUAACCUUAAAACAUUUGAACCCGAUCUUUAUCUGACAUACAAACUCUCGCCUUCGACUCGAGUUUGUAUAUCAGAUAAAGAUUGGCUGGUCACGUUUUAACUAGUACUAAAACACGAAUAAUUUUUAACCAAUUACGUAAUCAAAUUACCUGUAUAUUGUCACAUCUAUAAGUGAAAAUUACAACUAAGUUUUACUUGCCGGUUUGGCGAAUAUGGUCGCUUGCGACAUGCAUAGUCGACGUUCAUCGUACCUGGCGUACCAUUGCCAAUUCGCUCCUAAUAAUGUAGUACUUGAUGUCUAUAUGCUUGGAUCGAUCUCUUAUAAUUCAUGAGGAAAAUACAAAAGAAAUUACUGCCGUGUCGAUGUCGGUUUUAUAUGUGAUAAAAUUAUGUUUAUUCAAAUAAACUUUAGCUUUGAUUUUCUCGGUUUAGACAACAUUUAGUUUUAAAACUACUUCGCCAAUGAAUUCAUCAGAUGGAUCCGUUUUUUGAAGCCAUUUUGCAUAACACUCCCAGCUCCCAGUCCACGCUUUAUCAAAUAUAAAACAAUCGAGCUGCGCUCAUGUGAUUGCAGACAAUUUGUAUGAUAAAUAUUUCUUGUCUCACUUGCAUUUGCAUAUCACUUUUUCUUUAGACUAAAACAGCAUGAUAUACUAGCUUUUGUGACACGAGACCUUGGAUACCCUCUUGGCGAAGCUAAGAGGAUGUUACAUAACGCAAUUACGCAAUGCAAUUAAGAGCACAACUUUUAAAACACAUCGGUGGAAACAGCUAUAAUGGAUGGAGCCUAACUCCCUAAGAUAUUCCUGCAAUAUUUUGCGCGAAAUUACAAAUAAAAGGGUUUUUUUUAGUUGAGCUUUAAAUUAUUCACAAUGAGCAGUGCUCGUUUUCAUUUAUGUUUGAGAUAUUUGUUUGUGAAUAAAAUGAAUAAAAUGAAUAAUAAUGAAAUAGAAUAUUAUAUCAUGCUGUUUUGUUUUUAGAAAAGAAGUGUAUAUAAAUGCAAAUAAGACAGGAAAUAUUUUAUCAUAUACAAUCUGUCUGCUAAGGACUGAUACCUCUUUGUCAAAAAGAAUACUUAAAGAAAUCGUGUUUUCUUUCCUAGUAACGUUGUUACCGGUAUUUGACAGAUAUGUCCUUAAAAUACACAGUGGUGUUAGCGUGCAUUAUUUAUUUGUCGUGCGAAAUGGUUAUGACUGGUUGUGAAGUGGUUUGGGUGAAUCGAAAUGUUACAGACAGCUUCCGUGUUGGGAAAGAUGGUUGUACGAAUGAUACAAGUGUUUGUAAAAGUAACGCAACAUGUCAGUCUGAUGGUUCGUGUUUGUGUAACUCUAGAAGACCAAGCUAUCGAAAUCCUGUCAUCGAAAUGAGUAGCAGUAAAAUAGUGCAUGGUGACUCGUAUGGUUGUAUCGACAAUGAAAUGCUUCGUUUUGGUACCGGUAAGUGUUUUAAUUCUUGCAUGCGUUAUGUCAAUAAUGUCACCAUACAGUUUGCUUACUAUUUAGUAGGUUAUGAUAAAUUUCAACUCUAAAAUACAAAACCAUCGAAAUCCAGUCAUCGUAAUGAAUGGCAGUGAAAUAAUGUAUUGUGACACGUAUGUCUGUAUCGACAACUUAUCCGUGUUGGGAUUUGUCGUGGUUAUAUAAAGUGUUUAAUCCAUUAUUAACCUAGAAGACCUUUCACUGACAUUUCUAAAAAUUUGUUGUUGUCAGUGAAUUCUGGUAGCCCCCCAGUUUUUUGGGCAGUCGGGCAAUAUUCGAUCAACAGUCGGGCAAUUUUGGUUUGUAAUAAAAAUAAAUGGGACAAAUUCUGUCAAUUUCGUGUUUUUUUGAAAAUUUUAGUGAUGUUUCGAAAAAUUUUGGUAUGUCCGGAAAAAUUUUUUGACCCCUAAAAUGGUACACUGGCCGAAAUUUUUCGUCGCCGAAACAAUUUUCCGGGAAAAAUUUUUUCGGUACUAGUCGGGCAAAAUCCCGAAAAGUCGGGCAAAUUUGUUUCCGCUCCCCUAAUUUUUUCCUUCCGGUACGCCCAUGUACGUCGGCACUCAGCAGGUGGGUUCGAGAUUGAACGCACCUCCUCGUAGACAAUAGGCCGCUAAUACGCUAGGUAUGAGAUAAUGGUGUUUGGCUACAUAACCGCGAUGCAGUUUGUUAUACAACGGUGUCGGUGGAAAGAAGUAUAAAAGGAUAAUGAAAACUAGAAAACAAUGAACCAAUUGCAAGUGUGCUGAAUGGCUUAACUAAAAACGACCCAUCUUAUGAGUUUAUUGGCAAGUAAUUUUAAAAUUAAUAACCUUGUCUAAGCCGAGAAAAUGUAAAUGAGCAUGAUUUUUUAUCACACGUAAAACCACUGACGCACUAGCGAUUUCCUGUCUCUUUUCCUCAUGGAUUACGAAUGAUUUUUUGUGUAUACUAUUUAACACACGCGUAGGAGUGUUUUAUCAUAUUUAAAAUGCGAGGCGGUACGACUACAAUAGCUGCCGUCUUUUUAGUAUUCUUUAUAUGAAGAAUACUAAUUUUAUCAGGUAUAUAUAAGCGUCUUUAUGCACGUGACAUAGUAUGAUUGACAUGAUUUGCCAAUAGCCUUAUGAAUUAUUAAUGAGUGUUUGAAGUAAAGUUUUUAGUUUACGAAGUACUGUUUAAUAAACGAGCAGGAGUGUUUUAUUAGGUUUAAAGCCACGAGCGAGCAGCGCGAGUGGCUUUAGACCUAAUAAAACACGACCUGCGAGUUUAUUAAACGGCUUCAAACACGACUACAAAUUCAAUAGAUAUAUUGCAUAUUAGUAUUCUUUAUAUAAAGAAUACUGAUGCGGACACGACUACAAUAGAUACUGCCUUAUUAGUAUUGUUUAUAUAAAGAAUACUAAUUAGGAGUGUUUUAUCAGGUUUAAAGCCACUGCACGUGACAUAUUAUGAUAGACAUGAUUUGCCAAUAAGCUUAUGAAUUAUUAACGAGUGUUUGAAACAUAUAAUGUAGAUACCCCUUUCUGUGCAUUAAGGCCUUUCCAAUUGAUACCAUAUGGACCAGUUGUAGAAUUUAGCUACGAAGACUCCUCGAACGGACCUAUAAAACAGAAGAAUCAAAAUCUUUUUUAAGCAUUUUAACUGCAUGAUGCACAGUAAAAAUAGGAGUGUGAUAAAAAUAUAAGAGCGCAAUAUCAUAUCAAUAUCUUUCUAGUUUUAUGCUCUGGUCAAACAAGACCUAUAGGAUAAGAGUUAAUAGGGAUUGGCAAGCAAAAGUUUGCAUGAGAGUGUUGUCAACUCCAGCUGAUGCCCCGGUCAAACAAGAACAAGAUUUGCAUGAUUCGCACCUAGCUAAAACUGAAUAGCUCAAAGUUAAUGAGAGUGGAUGAGAUUUGUUUAUCAAACUCUCAUCAACUCCUAUUCUCAUUUGACUGAGCUUUGAUCAGUAAGGGACCGUUCAUCAUUUAUACCUGUGGUUGGUACCGAAGAGAAACGAAAAACAGUGCAAAUUUUUUAUUUACCCAACCUCAACAUUGGUCAAAAUAAUGUUUACCAACCUAUAUAUGUGUUACUGUAAUUCAUAAUUUGUUUAAUGAAUAUUUAAUUCAAAAAGGAAGUUUGCCCCAAGAGCUACUGGUUGCUCAUCUAUAGGGGGCUCACUUCACAUUUACAUACUUACAAAUCACACACACACGCACACACAAAUCAAUUAGACAAUAAUACAAUCAGUAGCUAUGUAGAGAAUAACACACAAGGAAAUACUGAAAGAUGAACUGCAAACAGAUUUAAAUCUCCUGAGUAUGGAAACGUUUUGUUUCUUUUAUAAAAUUUUGGGCGUGGUAAAAGAUUUGAAAAUUUUCAUCCUCAGAAAGUGAUGAGGAUCCAAACAAAAAAAGCUUUAUUAUUUGUGAAUUGGACAAUGCAAGCCAUCUAUCAGCAAAAAUGCAAUGCAAUGCAAUUCAAAUACAAUGCAAGCCAUCUAUCAGCAAAAAUGUGUGUUAAACACAUAAGAUUAUGGUGACAGAAAUCAAGUUACUUAAAUUCUAAAUACUCACACACACUCACACUCACUGAGUGUGCCAAAGCAAUCGCGUUCCUGCUGAUCAAUGAUAGAGUCCUUCCUCAUAUUUUCCAAUUCAUGGUAAUUUCUUCAUGGUAUUUUCUUCAUAUUUUACAAUGCACGGUAAUUUUGGUUUUAUUUUAUAGCUGACAGACGGUCAUAAAUUUUUUCACCCAACCCAGGAGCUAGUCAAAAACUUGAUUACCCAACCCAUAUCUCUUCGGUAGCAACCCCGGAUAUAAAUAAUGAACAGUCCCUAAAUGCAAUUGAUCGGUUAAUAUUUGCAUAUGUCGAAUUUUGUAAAUCUAAAAAUAAGGGCUGGGAUCGAGCCCCCCCCCCCACCCUAGCAAAAUGUUGCCCCCCCCCCCGCUGAUAAAAUGCAUUGUAUAAAAAAGGAAUCCUUGAUUAUAUAGCUUCAUUUUGAGACCCGUCGGAAAAUUGUCAAUCUUGUCGGAAUCAUCGUGGUGAAGCAUCGGAAAAAGUGACCCGGAAAUCGGGAAAAGUGCUACGAAAGCAAUUGUAAUGUUAUUGUCCGGAAAAAUAUUUUACCAAAAAAGUUGUCGACGGGGGAAGGAAAUUUAAAAUGUUGUGGGCCGGAAAAUUUUUUGCCCCACCUCUUUUUCCGUAAGAAUGUUGCUGCGGAAAAGGUCGAUUCCUUUUGAGAUUUUGUGCACUAUACAGGAUAUAUGUAUUUAUUCUAACAUGUUGUGCCAUUACAGGGAAUGCAAGCACCGACUGUGCAUUCGGACCUUUUCAACUGAUACCAUAUAGCCACAAUGAAUCAGGUGCAGAAUUCAGCUAUCACGACCAGUACAUGUUUCAGAGAUGUGCAUUACAUAACGCCUGGGUAAAGUUUCCGGACAACGCAACAGAAAUGGAGCCGCCAUGGCUGAAUAAAUCUUACGUUCAUUUCAACGUCUCAAACAAAACAUUGCAUUUCAAAGUAAGAUCAGGAUAUUCAUCUCGUGCGUUUCCUCUUUAAAACCACUUUUUCUAUAAAUAGUUCUGUUUUUCCUUGUCUAGUGGAAAAGAUCAGUUCCAGAAUUGCAAGGCACCAUAAUUACAUUCAAUCUCAACUGUUCCAACAGCUCAGGGGCUUACGCAUUAAGACCUUGCCGGCUACGAGCAAAGAUUCCUGGGACAUGGAAAGCAGGUAUAAUUGCAUAUAAAUAGGUAACGUACGUACGUAUUUGUAUAAGUCGAUUGGAGCACGUGUAUAAGUGUUUUAUAGAGACUGCCCACUUGUUUAUUUCGAAAUUUAUUUUAAGGGUACAAUUUUUAUUGAUCCGUAUAAGAUUUUUCGGUUUUUUGUGGGUAAAGACAUAUUAACUAAAAUGAUCAUGUUUUGUGAUUGGCUUUCAGAAACAAAUCAGAAACAAAAAUGAUCAUUGUUCGUGACUCGUUCUUUAGAAAGACGAUUUCUAUAGUUUUAUUGUCUUUCAUUGUUAUAAUCAACCAACCACGAGCCUGGAUAGUAUAGGUAGAUGAUUUGUUAACCGAGAAUUCCCACUGUAGAUCUCAAUUAGCAAUAUAUAUUAUCUUUCCUCUUUGCAUGGCUGUACAUCAGUAUAAUUAAUUAUACUGUCUAUAUAAACGCUUCACUUUGUCUAUAGUUGCUGUCGCUACAACAAACGAGCCAAGAGUAACUCCCAGCAAAUCUAAAUCUUCACAGAUAACAACAAAAACAACUUCAUCUGUGACAGUGACAGUAACAGUUACACCAACAGAACCAGGUAUGUUGAUUAUUAGCUUCUUAAAGUUUAUUAGUUUGUUCUUUUUGUAUAGAUAUUUUUUAUUUGUACUCAUAUCAUGCCCUUGUUUUAGCAGUAAAUUAUAGCUUACGGUUAAAAGGUUUAACUAAGCGGUUAGACGUUUUAUACAGUGUCAGCGGCCAUGUUGUAUAUAAUUUGAGAUUUGCUUCAUGGAAACAUAAUAUUCUUCAAUAAUCUUAAAGGCAUAACUGAUACUCGGUGUGAAAACUCAGAAAAGUAACUCAAAAUUAAUGUAAACCAGCAGGAUUUUGUAUCAGUUAUACAUGUUGUACAUAACCUUUCACGGCCAUGAUUUCUUUGCGUUUGUUUUCUCGUAAAUUAGUGAGAAUUACACAAACUUUUAGACCGCGACACAAACUCUUAGACACACCAAGAAACGAAACUGAUAUACGCGUUACCCACACAACGCAAAAUUCCCAUUAUUGGUCGAAAUCGAUGUGCCUGAGUGUCAAUCAAAUCUGAUAUGUAGCUAGUAACGUACUAUCAGUUAAAACAUGUGCAUCAGUGUUUUAUCAGAUAUAAACAUACGAGGCGAAGCCGAGUGUCGUUAGGUCUGAUAAAACACGCACUGCGAAUGUUUUAAAUUGCUUCAAAAACGAUCGAUUUAGUAAGACAUAUUAGCGAAGUAAUUUUCAAUCAAAAGUUACAUUGUGUAAGUCGAGAAAAUCAAAGUUAAAGUUUAUGUAAAUCAAGAGAAAUCUCUAUCUCAUAUAUAAAGAUACGACUGCACGCUUAUAAUUUUUCUUUGUGUUUCCCUCAUGCUAUAAAUUAUUUCCAGACUGAAUGUUGAUUUUAUAAAUAACAUGACAGGUUUAAAUGAACGGUUCCUACAGUAUUGGAUACAUUUAAUUGGAUAUAAGUAAUGUUCAUGCAAAGCUGGAACCGACAUGAGAAGAGCGAAAACUAGGCGCAUUUCGUUUCUUGAUAUUUGUUGUCGGCAAUUCCUCCAUUUCCCUCGGACGCCUGAGAAGCUAAACCACGAAAAAGAGGAACCGUUCGCAGUCUACAAACUUUUUCUUUCUCAUCUGAGUGCAAGUUCUUGGUCAGAGUAAAAUACAAAAGUCAUCAUGGGACAAUAAAAAUUUUACUAUUUUUUACGUUUUAGAAUCAACCACCAGCGCCAGUAAUUCGGAUGAGACGUUUUUAGACUUGAUGACAAUAUUUAUUGGUUUAUUUUCCAUUUCUUUUGUGGUCAACGUCGCUCUUGGAAUUGUUGUAGUGUCGCUAAGAAAAAAAAUGCAAAGGUCCGUAAAGUCGCCGUGCGGAUUAUACACAAUGUGCAGGGGCGCCGGAGCCACGGGGGCAGCGGGGGCAACUGCCCCCGUUGCCAAAACAGUGCGGGGGCGGCACUAGGGCAACAGGUUGCCCUUUUUCACCAGAACUGCGCUUCGAAAUUUGUGCGUUAGUCACAUGAAUUGCAAUUUAUAACUAUUUUUAAGCAAUGUUUAAGCAAUCUUUGCUUAAUUUUAACCAGUAAAAUUAAUGCCAGAGGCCGCGGAAUCACUUUUCAUAAUUAUGAUCAAAAUCAAACGAUUUUAUGUCGUUCACGAGCCGAACGAAAAAUGUUUGAAAAUAUGGAGUCCCUAUAUAACGUCGGAAAUGGCCUAGUUUACAGAGUCUUUACUACUGCAAAAAGAGCACUUUCUUUCUAGCCCCCAAAAAGGGCAUUUUUCCUUUUAAAAAGUGGGGAGGCACAUUCCCCGAUUGCCCCCCGGUUCCGCGCCCCCUGAUUAAAGCUAAAUCAGGCAAUAUACGUCCGUUUACUGAUUUUAUUUUGCGCCCUUAACAUGGUGCAGCAAAUAAAAUUGUUCAAAAUUAAUGUCGAAGUUUGCCGACCCACAAUAGCCACAAGUAAUCUGGUAUCCAUACGAUAAAAUUUUAACAAAUAUUGCCGCCAAAUGAUGGCUGAGAAGCAAGUGCCCUUUUGAAAUGGCUGCUCCCGCCGCUUCACAUUGCUUCCGGCGCCCCUGACAAUGUGGUGUUUAGCGAACAAGCAUGCAGAAUGAGUUAAAACAAUCAGAAGCACGAGAGGAUUUAAGAUAGGACCUAAACCCGCGUCUUCAUGUCGUCGUUCAGUCCCAGACUGAGCAGAAGUCAGCUGCUCGUAUUUUAGUACUUAUCGGUACUAAAACAGAAAUAUCGGUAUCGGCAAUUUUGUUGUUGAUACCAAUAUUAUAUAGAGAAUAAUAUUAACAUGAGUGCGCGGAAAUACCAAAUAAAUCUGGUAUUUCCAAGCACCCAUGUAUUUUUCUGUUUAUUAUAUAAAGGACAGUCUUUGAAAAGCGAUAAUUUUCACAUGGGAAAUUAUCAUAAAUAAUCUCACAUGCAUGUGAGAUUAUCAGUUUUAUCAGUGCUCGAAAUCUUUAUAAAGCACUAUACUACUUAUACUUAUAUAAUAAAAAUUGCUAUUAAAUAUUAAUGAUUGGUUAUAGUUGCAGUUCAAUCGUUAUUUUUAUUACAAAUAAACAGUCGUAUAAUAUACUAGUUUAAUUAAAUAAUUUGUGGCAUGCAUUUCCAGCUUUUCAUUUGAUAUUUUCAGUAUUUAGAAACAAAUGAAUUGACUGAUUAACCUAAAUUCCAAAGUAUUAAAAUAGAACUGUCAUGAUGUCAUAUUUGAAUUUGGUGAAAUGAUAUAGAAUAUCGGUAUCGGCAAAAUAUCGAUUCUUCCAGAUCGGUUAUCGGAAUAUCGGUGAAUUUCCUUAUCGGUGCAUCACUCGCCUCCGUUGUGCGUUUGGUCUUUCUCUUCAAUUAUCAUUUCUUUUGUCCCCAGCGCUACGGUGUGUCUGCCUGGCUCGCCUUCAACUAUUAUUAGGGACCGGUCAUUAUUUAUGGAGGGGAAGGGGGGGGGCAUGCACCGAAGAGAAAUGUUUUUCGUGGCAAAAAUUUUGCUGACCCAACUAUUAAAAAGACAAAAAUUUGUUUACCCAACCACAAAUAUCAAUUAAGAAAUAAAUACCCACCCCUGGCCAAAAACGUUACAAAAAGCUACCAUCAGUUGUCACGGAUGUACUUUACCAUGCACUUCUGUGACAUGAGUUUGAUAACGGUUUGUGAAAUUUUCUGCAGUCUAAAGUUUCAUGUUGGCUGCACAUGUACUUUCUUUGGAAACGCCAUUUGUUUUGUCAAAAUGAUCAAGAUAGUGACUCUGAUUGAUUCACAUAUUGUAUUGACAAAUGACUGUUGACAUUGCUUUUCAGUCAACAAUAUUUUGACAGUGAGUCUUGUUUUUGAAAUGACAAUAAAUUUUUAUUACCCAAACCCUUGAGUUGUUUUGUUUUUCAUUUACCCAACCUUUUACUUACUCAAAAUUUUGUUUACCCAACCCUUUUCUCUUCGGUGCCACCCCCCACCAUAAAUAAUGAUUGGUCCCUUAUGUAUCUUAGUAUCUAUAUGGUUAAGUCUUAUUAUGUCUCUAUAUAAUCUCAGUUUUAGUUCCUCUACCCUCACUGCAAUGCAUAAAACCCAUUUAAAAAUAUAUCAUGGAUAAUGUGAACAAUUUGUGAUGAUUUAGUGUUAAUAUUCUUUUCCAUUUUAGAAAUCAAGACAACAACAAUUCGCAAGCAAGAUUGGGUAACGUCAUGAUAAUAAAUUCAAAAAAUAAGAAAUGCACGCAAUGUUCUUGAAUUUAAUACAAAUAGUAUAUAUAGUUACUAUUAUUUUAGAUUAUAUUCUACGAAUAGAUGUGUUUUGCAAGAUGGUUAAUUUAAUAAUCCCCAGGAUUCUGCUGUUGCUAUUUGGCUUUGCAAGUGAAGUAGCCAUCCCUUAAGACAUCUAUAUCAGAGGAAUUAUAGUGAUGGGCCUUUAGACCAUUUGCAGCUCUUUGUCCUCGCAAUGUAUACAGAAUAUAUAUUUCCCAUUAACGAAAAGAGCAUAUCUUCAACAACAGCUACGAUCAUAUAGAAGAACAGCUAUGACUUACUGAUGAUACGAAUUCCGUUAGAACAUUAUCAUCACUAAAACCGCAGCUAUAUAGCUAUAUAUAGAGUAUAUAUAGGGACGGCUAGAAAACUCUGAAGUGCAGGGAAUAAUUCCUAACAGUUUUAAAUUGGAGCCGGUUGGCAACACGACAAAUAUGAGAUGGGUUUAUUUCGUGUGCAAAAUAUUGCUUGAUAAAUUUUAGAAAUGCAAAAUAUUGAUGAACAAAGUAGAAAAACCACAGCCACAAGAGAAGAUGUCGGCACAUAUGACGAAGUAGUGACAGAGAGUGCAGGCAUACACAAUGAAGGAAUUUCAAAUGACGAGUCCCUCCCAUCAGCCAGAUUCAGCAAUUUGUCAGGUAAAUUUGGCAAGGGAAAACAGUUAAUUAGAACUGAUAGAGCUAUCCAAGUAUCGUCUCUUAUUGAUCCAGUGUUAUUUCAGGAGAAAACCUAAACUAAAUUAAAUUUAUUUAUACUGCAUAGCUCCAUCAGUUUUAAACAGUUCUUUCUAGAGGUCCAGUAAGGAUCAUCUCUUAUUGAUCCAGUGUUACCACAGGAGGAAACCUAAACUAAACUAACUUUAUUUAUACUGGAUAGCUCUAUCAGUUCUAAACUGUUUUCCCUAUAUAUGACAUCCAGUAAAGAUCAUCUCUGUGAUGCUGUGCUAUAUAGCUACUAAAGGAAUAAGCCUAUAAACUAAACUAACUUUAUUUAUACGGCAUGGAUAGCUAUUAUCAGUUCUAUAUAUACACUGUUCUUCUAUAGAGGUCCAGUGAAGAUCAUCUCUUAUUGAUCCAGUGUAGUAACACUGGAUCAAUAUUUAGAUGCCGUAUUAAUGGCACAGCUAGGAGAGGAAACCUAAACUAAACUAACUUUAUUUAUACUAGAUAGCUCUAUCAGUUCUAAACUGUUCUUCCUAGAGGUCCAGUAAGAAUCAUCUCUUAUUGAUCCAGUGUUACUACAGGAGGAAACCUAAACUAAACUAACUUUAUUUAUACUAGAUAGCUCUAUCAGUUUUAAACUGUUUUCUCUAGAGGUCCAUGCAGUAAAGAUAAUUUCUUAUUGGUGCUGUGCACUGAUACUACAGGAGGAAACCUAAACCAACUUUAUUUAUAUACUGGAUAGCUCUAUCAGUGUUAAACUGUUUCUUCUAGAGGUUUAGCAAUGCCAUUUGCUAGGUGCCUUCUCCAGUAUAAAUAAAGUUAGUUUGUAUGUUUUAUUGACAUGCAAACAUACAAAGAACUUUUAUUAAAGUUAGUUUAGUUUAAUAGCUCUUCAUAUUACAAGAAUGAAGUGGACAAUCCAUACACAAUUAAUUUUUGCUUGUGUCUUUCUUUUGUUAGAACAUAAAUACGAAGAGCUAUCGGAUUAUGAGCCUCUGAGGAGAAAUAAUUUACAGAGCGAUGCCCAUGACUAUCAAAGUCUGACAACAUUACAUGAAGAAAAAUAGCUUUGUUCGUUUAGUUUAGGUUUCCUCCUAUACUAACACAGGAAGAACAGUUUAGGUAUUAUUAUACUCUGUUUUUGUUUUCUUAUACCGGCAAUUUUUACCAUAUUUGUAUUAGAGGCAUGCACCUAAGCUAAAUUUCAGUGGAAACCGACAUCCGUGGAAUGUGUUAAAAAAGUCAUCAAGUUUAGAUUAGUGUCAGAUUUAAGAUUAGUAUAGAGUUGGGGUUAGAUAUAUUAGAAUCAGGAUUAGUUUACGGUUGGGUUGGGUUUAGUGAAUGUCGUUAUAGGUAUCCAACGACUAUCUUUUACCCUAUAAUAUAUGCGUUAAUUGUGUUUCAAUUCAAUAUGCUCAAAAGCGUAUAAUUAGGGGCGUAUCGCGUGGAAACAGAUAUAUUGGACGGAGCCUAAGAUAUUCCAGCAAUAUUUUGCGUGAAAUUACAAAUACACGGAAAAUUGUUUAGGUUGGCUGAUAUUUUGUUUUGAAUUACUCGCAAUGGGAAAUGCCGCUCGUUUUGAUUUUGUUUGUUUUACUGUUCCUUGGUGUAUUUUUACCGGCAUAUCCACCAAUAGCAAUUUCCAAUAUACCCUAUAUUGUUCGAG